AUGGUUAUGAACGGUGUCUAUGCAUCCAUGAUACGCCCUUUGAAACCUGGCAUCUACGCGCCCAUUCCAUCCUUCUUCCUUCCCGAGUCCGAGGAUCUCGACAUUCCCUCUUUUGAGAACCAUGUCGUCCGUGUCGCGACUGCCGGAGUGGGACCGUUGUUAGCUGGGUCGAUGGGCGAAGCCAUCCAUCUAUCACAUGAAGAGCGGGUCACGUUGAUCAAGACUGCAAGGAAGGUGCUUGAUGAUUCAGGAUUAGUGAAUGUACCUGUCAUCGCUGGCAUUGGUGCUGGCAGCACUCGCGAGUCGAUAGACCUAGCAAAUGAAGCCGCUGCAGCUGGCGCAGACUAUACCAUCGCUAUCGCCAGUGGUUACUUUGCUGGUGCACUUUCUGGCAACAAGAAAGCACUGAAAGCCUUCUGGGAAGAGGUUAGCUCUAAGAGCCCUAUACCGGUCAUGAUCUACAAUUACCCUGGUGCCAGUGGAGGCAUCAAUUUGGACUCGGACCUCAUUACUGAACUCGCCAUCGAGUGCCCGAAUAUCUGUGGUGUCAAACUCACUUGUGGUGACGUCGGGAAGCUUACCCGCGUGGCAGCUACCGUAUCGGAUCCGACGUUUUCAUCACUCCAUCCCCGGAAAAACAAGAACGCACCUUUCCUUGUCCUUGGCGGAUUCAGUGACUUCCUUUUGCCAUCAGCCUAUUCAAAUGCGCAUGGUGCUAUAACCGGUCUUGCGAACGUUGCUCCUUAUGCUAUUGUGAAACUCUUCGAGUUAUGCCAGGCCUCGAUGGCUGAUCCAUCCCUCCUUCCCGAAGCACAGCGGCUGCAAGGAAUCGUCGGGCGUGCUGACGCUACCAUUGCUAAGGCGUCGAUUUCAGGAACGAAAUACCUUCUCCAGAAAUUAUACGGCUAUGGUGGCCACCCCCGAAGGCCCCUCCCGCCCAUUGAGCCUGCGGCAGCCGAGGCCUUGUGGGAGCAUACGCAUACGCAAGACCUCGUGCGUCUCGAACAGGAGUUCAGCGGAGAGGUGCGCUAA